ACAGGAGUGAGAUGCGCCCUCGUCGUCGAAUGAGCGAAUGAGGCAUUACUAGUCAUUCGCCUGAAAACGACCACGACCCCAAAUUCCGGACUACGUACGCUCAUCUUUCCUCGUCCACAACAAGUUUGCAUGCCUUGGGUGGAAAGGGAAGUUUUCCUGAACUGAAUGAUAAAGAGCUACAUAACCUGCCACACAAGAUAUGCCAAAUCAGCACAAACGUAGGUUUUGAAAUAAUAUAAUUGUGAUUCGUGAAUCUUUUGGCUUGUGUAGAGGCAGUGAAAGUUUCAAAAGCGAGCUUUUUUUGCAAUUGAAUGCCCAUUUAUAUACCUAAUUCAUGCUGUUACCGUACAUGAUCAUAUAUGGAUCAGACCGAGUUCGCUCUGCCUUCAUCUCGUCGUCCGUUGUGUGCAUGUCGACAUGAGCAAAAUUCCCCUGCAAGCCAAUUGUAUUGCACAUACUGUACAGUUGGAAAGCAUUCAAGAAUAAGCCAGUCUCAAUUACCUUGAUCAUGAACUAGAGUGUAAAACAAACAACAAAGGCGUUGAUAUGCCCACCUCAACUCCAGAGCGGAGUGGUUCGGGGGUGAAGACCUCAGGGGAUUGGAUGUCACUCUUCUUGGGAUCCUCGAGCUCUCGGGGAGGAGGGUUGUCUUCGCCGAGUCUUUACUCAUCUCCUUCAUCAUCAUCUAUCGGUUCAUCGAGGUUGUACAAUCGCUCCUCUUCCUACACCCCAUCCGAAUAUGGAAGUGGAACAUCGUAUGGAUCUCGGUAUUAUUCGAGAACCACCUCCAGUUACUUGGAUAACUACCGCACAUCAACCAAUACCCCAUCCAGUAGUCGAUCUUUGAGGUUUCAAAACUCGAUCGAUAGGACGAAAAUCGAUCUUGAGAGUCAGAAAACACGUCAAAUUGAGAACAACCCAUCUCCUCCUGAUCAUGAAGAAACUCGCACGUCCCAAGAGGAUCAUGUCACACGGCCCAAAACUCGGCAUCGUGCUACGGUGCUCAAUGGAUCUGUUGUACGGAUAAGUCGGAACCAGGCUGUGAAUGAGUCGUCGAGCGAUGAGGAUGAAGACGAUGAGGAUGACGAGUCUGAUGAAGAAUCCAUUGAAGACACUGCAGCCGAGUCUGAACAUGUUCCAGAGUUACCUAGUCGACCCCUGCCACCUCCAGAGGAUCCCUUGGUUGUGGAAGAGCGAAUGCUGAACGCUCAAUUGGCCCUAAGCUUUACGCUCACCAUGACGGAUGAAGAGAACAUUCGGCAACGUUUGCUUGAGAUUAGGAAACAGCGCAUGAAGAGGAGUCAAUCCGAGACAGAAAGCGUUCUUUUGGACAAGUUUGAGAGAGAAUCCGAGGAGCUAUGUGAAUCCACUCGGGCCAAAGAAGAAGAGGAGAAGAUUCUCGUUCAAAGGCUCUCGGCCGAAGGACUGCGAGAAGUGGAACAAAAAGAUAUUCAAGUCAGACUCCAAGAGCUAUUUCGAGACCGACGAAAUACCUUGGAUACCACCAAAAAGAGCAUGGAAUCUCAUUACGAGCACAUGCUUCAGGAAACCUCUACCGAGAUGACCGAAUUGGAGGCCUCGAUCCGCGGGAAGCAACAACUGAUGGACAAGAUCCAAGAGGAGAUCCUUUCCAUGACAGUCAAAAAGGAGCUCCUCUCUAGUGGCAUUAACAAGAUUAAUCAUCGCCAUCAAGAACGCUCCGAGCAGAUCGAUGCGCAGCAAAAAGAGAUCGACCAAAAGAUGAGCCAAUUUGCCGUUCUGGCGCCUCCUCCUUGUACAAGGAAGUCCACGAACGGCAUGAGCGAAUCCGAGCUCAAGGAACUCGAGCAGGAAUUGGAGUGUCCCAUUUGCAUGGACAUCUCGCGUCCUCCGAUUUACCAAUGUGAGGAAGGACACAUCAUCUGUUCCACCUGUAAGCCUCUCCUGACUCAUUGUCCCCAUUGUUCCAAGUUGUACUUGAAUCCGGUGAUUCGUUGUCGUUUUGCCGAGAAGCUGGCAGAUAAAUAUUUCAAGCUGGUGGAGAAGGUCAAUGAAGAGUUGGCAGAAGAGACCUGACUUCAAAUGCUGAAUGCCUUGAAACGAUACCAUUUGGACCUUGUUCUCGCCGCCCACCUUGAUCCAAAAAAGCUGUUUGAUUUGUCCCUUAACUCCCAGGAGCCCUUUUAAUUUGUUUGUAAACAAUGGAUAAUCUUUGGUCUAAUGAUUGACUGCAGCACAUUUUCCUAAUAAACAUGACAAAAUGCAAAUUCGGUGACAAAUAAAGACGCUUUUUUCGAAAGUGAAAGAUUGCCAAUCACUCUGGAAUUUGAUGAUAAAGCAUACCGAAAAUCGCGCAGUUGGAAAUAAAAGGUUGUGUGUGCUGAACGA